UUUAGACAAUAUACCGGAAUACAAAUUGAAAAUUGUAGGGAUGGCAUUGCACAAUUUGACAUCAUUCAUACCAGCGGAAUAUUUCUUAACCAAUCAAACGAGGUUACGUCACAGAAUAUUUAUAUAGUGCAAGACUUGUGUCUGAGUGUAGUUUGUCAUUUGAUCGAGAAGUUUACUGACUAUUAAACUUGGUUUGUUAAGUAAAAUGUCACGGGAAUUGAAACGAUCGUCUUCUGUUGGAGAUAAGCGUCAGUGGAUUCGACCCGAUUUACCGUCUAAAUGUACUUGGCAUAUAGGGUUGGAUAUCUCCGAGUCACCACACCAACACGCGAAGCCCUCGGUCUCUGAAAACAAAAUUAUACCAAAUAUCCUUCAUCGUAUUGGAAACACGCCAUUAGUUCGCGUAAACAACAUUGGGAAAAGCUGUGGUUUAAAAUGUGAAUUGUUGGCGAAGUGCGAGUAUUUCAACGCAGGAGGUUCAGUAAAGGACAGAAUCGGCCUCAGGAUGAUUGAGGAUGCGGAACGUGAAGGCAGGCUGAAGCCUGGAGACACUCUUAUCGAACCAACAUCAGGAAAUACUGGAAUUGGUCUGGCAUUAGCAGCAGCUGUGAAGGGUUACCGCUGUAUUAUUGUCAUGCCGGAAAAGAUGAGUAAAGAAAAGGUGGAUGUUCUUCGAGCUCUAGGAGCAGAGAUUGUCCGUACGCCUACAGAGGCCAAGUUUGACUCCCCUGAAUCCCACAUUGGUGUUGCCCAGCGACUGAAUUGUGAGAUCCCAAAUUCUCUCAUCUUGGAUCAGUAUCGAAAUGCUGGCAACCCUUUGGCUCAUUAUGAUGGCACAGGAGAGGAAAUAGUUACACAAUGUGAUGCUGGUAUGGAUCGUGGAGCCGCCAUUUUGGAUAUUCUCAGCGACCAUAUUAUAGGUGUUGACCCACAUGGAUCAAUCUUGGCUGAACCAAAGGAACUGAAUGACUGUGACAACCCAAUAUAUCACGUUGAGGGUAUUGGGUAUGAUUUUGUUCCAACUGUGUUGGACCGUGCUGUUGUUGACCAGUGGUACAAAGUUGGAGACAAGGAAGCUUUCACUUUUUCAAGACGACUUAUAAAGGAGGAAGGACUGUUGUGUGGAGGUUCCAGUGGAAGUGCAAUGGCAGCCGCAGUGCAGGCAGCACAGAAGCUGGGCGAGGGACAGAGGUGUAUUGUCCUUCUCCCAGACUCGGUUCGGAACUACAUGACCAAAUUCUUGAGUGAUGACUGGAUGGAAGCUAACGGUUUCCUUGAGAAAGAAAGAAAUGAUGACCACAACAAAUUUUGGUGGUGGACAAAGAAGGUCUCUUCUCUGAACCUACCAACCCCUCUGACUGUGUUGCCAUCCGUCACGUGCCAACAGUCGAUUGACAUCAUGGACAGGGAAGGUUUUGAUCAGCUUCCAGUGGUCAAUGAAGCAGGGCUUGUUAUAGGAAUGGUAACCCUGGGAAACAUCAUGUCCCAGAUGUUAACUGGGAGAAUUACUCCUGAGAGCCCAAUUGCCAACUCUGUUUACAAGAACUUUAAGAAGGUGACACUAGACUCCAGUCUCGGGCGGCUUUCUCGUAUUCUUGAUCAUGAUCAUUAUGCUGUUGUUGUCCACAGACAGAGACUCUAUACCGACAAAGGAAAGUUGGAUGAGAAAGAAAUGAUAUUUGGGAUUGUGACGCGUAUUGAUCUGUUGAACUUCAUUACUAUGAAUCAAAACGAGCGAACAGUGCAAAACGGAGACGACUUACAUUAACAAGAAGGACGAAUCUGCAGAGUGAAAAGAUGUUUACGUUUACGGUGAUACUGGCGCAGAAAUUUUGCUGAUAUGCUAUUGUUCUCACUGUGUUCAGUGGCUCUAAUAACAGUCGACAGGUCGUCACAUGGGUUCCUUAGCUUUCCUUGCACUCGUAUACCUUAAAGCUGUAAAAGUUUGGAUUCUUCUACCUUAACGCCUUUCGUCCACAAUAUACUGUAUGUCAAGGUAUAUUUUCGUAACGUUCUCUAAAGUCGAUUAACUCUUGUGUGUGUAGUACAGUGUAUAUUUCAGUCUCGUUGAACCCAGAGGCUGCGGUCUUUUUGGUUAACACCAAGAAUUGGGACGUUCGGUCACGUGCCUUUGACCGAAAACGCGCGGCCUCCGGGACGAAAUUAUAUACAUUUGUGAACGCUGACGUCUGUUACCCAGAGAUAACCAGGCAUUCUUGUUUGUUAGUUAUUUGCGCGUUUGUAUCUCCGUUUAUUGCGAUCGUGUGGACAGGUGUACGCACGACUGGUGUGCACGAAAAAUUUGGUAUGAUUUUACAGACCUUAAACGUAUACUCUAACGUUAGUGUGAACAUAGCAGACAUUUUUUCGUGAUACGAUUUGUAAUGAAUAUAUUUUUGUAUUUGGCACCAGUAGUAAGUAAGUAAGUAAGUAAGUAAGUAAGUAAGUAAGUAAGUA